GAAACCAGCCAAAAGUAAAACUAGCCGUUGUGAGUUAGUAUCAGCUAAGUCCCAGCAGACACCCUCUGCCGAUUCCUACUGACUCUGUCUCUACCAAGACUAGGAUUCCCUUCCCUCUUCUCCUCACUCCCUUCUUAUUUAGCUGCCUUUUCAUCUCCAUUUCUGCACUUUCUUCUGUACUACAACUGCAGCAAUAAAAGGAACCAAGAGAAGAUAAAAAGAAAAAAAGAGUGAUACAAGCUACCUCUUCUCCUUCCUUCUUUCCUUCCUCCAAAUUUUUGCUCUUACUCUUGUUCAUGGAGGAUACCAGUCACCUCCCCCAUGAACGUAAACCACACCCACUACUUAUUCCAGAUAAAAAGCUGCGGAGCAAAAGUUCUUCCCUUUCUGGGUUAGGAACCAAAUUCUUCCAUUUUUCCUACUUGUUCUUGCUUCUUCUCACUUUUGCUUCUCAACUUGUUUCCGGUCAGAAUGGGGGUGGGGUGAUUGUCACCCAAGCUGAUUACCAAGCUCUUUGUGCCAUAAAGCAUGACCUAAUCGACUUUAGGAGAGUCCUGCGCAGCUGGAAUGACAGUGGCUAUGGAGCUUGCACUGGUGGAUGGGCGGGAAUCAAGUGCGUCAAGGGACAGGUCAUCGCCAUCCAGCUUCCUUGGAGGGGCUUAGGCGGCCGCAUUUCGGAGAAGAUUGGUCAGCUUCAAGCUCUUCGAAAACUCAGCUUCCACGACAAUGUUCUUGCCGGUCCAGUGCCCUGGUCUCUCGGAUUCCUCCCCAAUCUCAGAGGGGUUUAUCUCUUUAACAACCGGCUUUCGGGUUCCAUCCCUCCUUCAAUCGGUAACUGUCUCAUUCUUCAAAGUCUUGAUUUAAGUAACAAUUCACUCACUGGUUCAAUUCCUGCUAGUUUAGCCAACUCUACAAGGUUGUAUAGACUCAAUUUGAGCUACAAUUCCUUAUCCAGUACCAUCCCAGUUAGUCUCACUCGGUCACCUUCUCUUACCAUUCUUGCUCUGCAACAUAACAAUCUCUCUAGUUCUAUCCCUGAUUCUUGGGGGAAAAAGGUGAACAAUUCUUACCAACUUCAGUUCUUGACCCUUGAUCAGAAUCACCUCACCGGAAUGAUUCCGGUGUCUUUGGGCAAGAUGGGUUCGCUUGAGCAGGUUUCGUUGAGCAAUAACCAGAUUUCUGGAACCAUUCCUGAUGAAUUAGGGAGGCUCUUGAAUCUGCAGAUGCUAGAUCUGUCAAAUAAUGCUAUCAGUGGAAGCUUACCCCCUAGUUUUUCCAACCUUUCCUCUCUAGUUUCUUUGAAUUUAGAAGGAAAUCGCCUUAGUAACCAAAUCCCAGCAGCCAUUGACAGAAUGCAAAACCUUACUGUGCUCAACUUGAAAGAUAAUCAAUUCAAUGGCCAAAUCCCAGCAACCAUUGGUAACUUGUCUAACAUCAACCAACUAUAUUUAUCCGGCAACAAUUUCACCGGAGGAAUUCCUGAUUCGCUUGUUAGACUUGCCAAUCUCAGCCUUUUCAAUGUUUCAUACAACAAUCUAUCCGGUCCUGUUCCAUCUCUCCUUGCCAAGAAGUUCAAUUCAAGUUCUUUUGUGGGAAACCUUCAGCUUUGUGGCUACAGCUUUUCCACCUUAUGUCCUUCUGCUCCUCCACCUCUCAAUAUCGGUCUUCCACCCCCACCAACUCAGUCUCAGGCACUCAACCAUCAUCAUCAUCAUGAUCGGAAACUCAGCCUUAAGGACAUCAUUCUCAUAGGAGUUGGUGCCCUCUUUCUGGUUGGGUUAGUAUUCUGCUGCAUUUUGUUCUGCUGCUUGCUGAAGAAAAGGAAGUCCUUGAAACAAAGGGGUGGUAAAAUGGGGGCUGCUCUAGGAAAAACAGAGACUGCAGCUCCACCAGCUGGAGGUGAAGUUGGAUCAGGCGGUGAAAUGGGUGGAAAGUUAGUCCUCUUUGAUGGACCAUUGGUCUUUACAACUGAUGACUUGUUAUGUGCCACUGCGGAGAUAAUGGGGAAGAGCACUUACGGUACAUCGUAUAAGGCAACUCUAGAGGAUGGGAAUCAAGUAGUUGCAGUGAAGAGGUUGAGGGAGAAGACUACAAAGGGACAGCGGGAAUUUGAAACUGAAGCUUCUGCACUCGGAAAUAUUAGACACCCCAAUCUGCUAGCACUUAGGGCCUACUACUUGGGACCCAAAGGAGAGAAGCUUCUUGUGUUUGAUUACAUGCCAAAAGGGAGCCUUGCAUCUUUCCUUCAUGCUCGAGGGUCUGAAAGGACCAUUGAUUGGCCAACAAGGAUGAAGAUUACCAUAGGCAUUGGACGUGGAUUGGACUAUCUCCACACCAAAGAAAACAUCAUCCAUGGAAAUCUCACCUCCAGCAACAUACUUCUCGACGAGCAAACCAAUGCUCACAUUGCAGAUUUUGGCCUCUCAAGGCUCAUGACAGCCGCUGCCAGCUCUAAUGUGAUUGCCACUGCAGGAACACUUGGAUACCGAGCUCCCGAGCUCUCAAAGCUCAAGGAUGCCAACACAAAAACAGAUGUCUACAGCCUCGGAGUCAUCAUACUAGAGCUUCUCACGGGGAAAUCCCCUGGAGAGCCAACAAACGGCGUGGACUUACCCCAAUGGGUGGCAUCCAUUGUGAAAGAGGAGUGGACUAAUGAAGUCUUUGACUUGGAGCUCACUAAGGACACACAAACCAUAGGAGAUGAGUUACUUAACACAUUAAAAUUAGCUCUACAUUGCGUUGAUCCUGCACCGGAAUCACGCCCUGAAGUUCAGCAGGUUCUGAAGGAACUAGAAGAGAUUAAUCCAGAGCUUGCGGCAGCUUUUGCUGAGGAAGGAUCAAAAGCCCCACUUACAAAUGAGUAGAGUAUUUCAUUAGAAGACAAGAAUAAAGGGGUCUCAUAAAUAGGGCGAUUUAUAAGGUUACUAAAGUUACAAUUAGCUAGGUGGUUCAUAAAUUCUUUAAUUCUAUUAUUUUUAUGUAUAUAUAUAUAUAGAGAGAGAGAGAGAGGGAGAAGCUUUUGUGGGUUUAUUUAGAAUUAUUAUUCUUUUUCCCUAAAGAUCAAUAAUGUAAUCUUUUGAAUUAUAAACAGUAUAAUAUUGA